GGGCAUGCACACAGGCGAGUGGAGACCGAGAGUGAGCAAGACGAGAGUCUUCUCCAUCGACAGGGACAGAGAUCAAGCACCCUGAACUGAUUUGGGACUCUGAACUGAAAUGCCAGCAUUUGUCUCACCUAUAACCGAUUUAAAAUUAUAUUGUCAUAUUUUGCAGGACAACACAGCGGCCGUAAAUAGACGGUAACUGUAAAUAUAGUUUUGACUUGUCCUCAGUCGGUUUUUAUCCUUUUGUAUUCACGGCAUGACAUGUAAUCAUCUGGUAGUUUGAUGGGGCUUCUAAGGAUUAUGAUGCCGCCCAAGUUUCAGCUUUUGGCUGUUAUGGCAUUUGGAAUUGCCAUGAUGUUUAUCGAGAACCAAAUCCAGAAACUGGAGGAAUCUCGGACGAAGCUAGAGCGCACCAUCGCCAGGCAUGAAGUUCGGGAGGUGGAGCAGCGGCACAUGCAGGAAGGGGCCCGGGACUGGACACCGCUCGGAGACACAGAAGACGUGGUCAUCAUCUACAACCGGGUGCCCAAGACGGCCAGCACCUCAUUCACCAACAUCGCCUACGACCUGUGCUCCAAAAACCACUACCACGUGCUGCACAUCAACACCACUAAGAACAAUCCCGUCAUGUCCUUGCAGGACCAGGUGCGGUUUGUGAGGAACGUCACCACCUGGAAGGAGAUGAAGCCUGGCUUCUACCAUGGCCAUGUGGCCUUCCUGGACUUCUCCAAGUUCGGUGUGAAGGGGAAGCCCAUCUACAUUAACGUGGUGCGGGACCCUAUUGAGAGGCUGGUGUCCUACUACUACUUCCUACGCUUCGGUGAUGACUACAGGCCUGGCCUCAGACGGCGAAAGCAAGGGGACAAAAAGACUUUUGAUGAGUGUGUGUCGUCGGGUGGUUCCGACUGCGCUCCAGAAAAGCUCUGGCUACAGAUUCCCUUCUUCUGCGGCCACUACUCCGAGUGCUGGAACGUGGGUAGCCGUUGGGCACUGGAGCAGGCCAAGUACAACCUGGUGAACGAGUACCUACUGGUGGGGGUGACGGAGGAAUUGGAGGACUUCAUCAUGAUGCUGGAGGCUGCACUGCCACGCUUCUUCAAGGGGGCCACGGACCUCUACCGCACAGGUAAGAAGUCUCACCUGAGGAAGACCACUGAGAAGAAGCCACCCACCAAGGAGUCCAUCACCAAACUGCAGCAGUCAGACAUCUGGAAGAUGGAGAACGAGUUCUACGAGUUUGCCCUGGAGCAGUUCCAGUUUGUGCGCGCCCACGGUGUGCGGGAGAAGGACGGCGAGCUGUACAUUCUGACCCAGAACUACUUCUACGAGAAGAUUUACCCCAAAGUCUAGCCUGAGGGCACUGCACCCAGAGACACAACUUCAAUGGGUGGGAAGGGUUGGAGGAAAGGUGGUUACAGAGGGCAACAUGGACCCUAAUCCACCAGUCUCCAUACGGUCUUUUUUUUUUUUUUGGGGGGGGGGGGGUUGUUUUGUCAUAUACACUGGGAGCGAGAGAGAACAGGGGACCGAGGGAGGACGGUUCUGUGAGGGUACGCGCUUGACGUGGUCUGGAGCCAACUGCCAACUUUAAAGGCUCGGGAUUUGGGUAUGGGAGCAAUUGUUUGUAUGUCUGCCUUUGCUUUGUUCACAUAAAAACAAAGGAUCCCACGUCAGUCACUCAGAAGGUUAGAGCUCGGUUUGGGGCCAGGGUGGGUGGGGUGCAGGUGUCGAGGUGUAAGGUUAUCCAUCGCCCGCUCCAUCAUCUCUCCCAUGCGCUCAUACUGUAGCUUUCCCACUGCUGGGUCACAGCCAGCGGAGCAGACUUCCUGGUGGCCUCGGCCAUCCACCUGCUCCCUCCUCUUUCUUGACUUGCACUGUGGUUUCUGAUCUCACAAACUUCAGAUCUGAAGUGACUGGUACAUUGGAGAGGAAGAACGAUUUAGAGCGUUUUGAGAUGUGUUUAUAAUCAUUUCCUCGUUUGAAUUUAUUUUUCAUUUUAUUUUUACUUGUUUUGUUUUUUUUUGUAAUUAACAUGCAUCUCGAGGGUAAUGUUAUCAUGCGUGUGAAAGCUGUUAUGUUUAUCAGAGGUCCUGAGAGAGAGAAGCUUGCUUCUUCAAACUGAGUUAAGAAAAGAUGCUGAGUCAUCAUGCUACAUACAACUUACUAAGACACCUACUAGUCUGAAGGGAAAAGACGAGACCAGGUUGCCAGAGAAAUGCUAUCAUGAAAGUAGCACCUCCUUUUACUAAUGACCGGGACUCUGCGUUCAUGAUUUUUCUCAGUUUUGCAUUUAGUGUAUACUGUAUGUAAUAUAUUUUUCUUUCUUGCUAGAAUGCAUUGUACAGUGUUUACAAAUGUAGACUGGGGCUUAGGAAUGGGUGAAAGUAACAGUGAACUCAAAUCCAAAUCUGUACAUAUUGUAUCUACACAUACAAUACAUAUUUUAUGUAUUUGGACCAAAUGGGUUGUAAGAAAAGAACACAUACUGUUAAAGACAAAUGUAGAACACUAUCCAACCAGCUGGAGUAAACGGUCAGAUACUAUUUGUAUGACAUUUGAGGAAAAACAGGAUUAAUGUUUUUAAAGAUAUUUAAACAGUAUUUCCAUAAGUCACUCACAUUUAGCCCUCAUUGCAAAAAUUGCAUUUUGUGAAAAUAUUUGGUUUCCUUUAUAACCUCUCGGUGCAUGGACAACUUACUUCGGUGACUACAACAGUGUUAGCAUUAUUAGCCUGGCAACAAUCCUUGAUGGCAUGAAUAAAGAAACUCUCCAUAGACUGUUUUGGACAAGUCAUCAUAGCUAUGACGAUCGAGGAUCAAGGGCACUUUCCACUUCUUGCUCAUCUGACCAGACUCAUCCCAACCUUGAAACAAAGAUUGUGUCAUUUGUAAGUUGGUCCCGUAGUUCCAGCACUAACCACUGUACAAAUCAAUGCUUCGUUAACUACUUUUCAACUGAAUUAAAACCGGUCACGCUGUGUUGGUAACGAAGACCAACAUUAAGUCAUCCAAGAAGUCAUAGCAUGACACACAAUCAUGGUUAUGGUUAGAAUUUGCAAAAACAGUUGUCUGAAUGUGUUUCCAGGUCACAGGGUUGUGUUAUGAGACAUUUUAAAACUACAAGGAGCAAGGAGAUGGCAUACAUUAGCUCAAUACUUGAUAGUGCCUUCAUAGUACAACAGUCAUGGUAAUUUUGACAUUUUGUUUUUAUCACCUCAAAAUGUUUAGCCAAAAUUUUUAACUCUUGCUUUUACCUUUUUCAUUCUUUUAUGCCACCAGCUUUUAUGUUCUGUUGGAAUUGUUGUAUUCAUUUUUCUUGUUUCAAAUGGUCUGAGAAAUUUCAAAUAAAUGUUAAACUCUUAGGA